GAGGAACCCGUAGAAUCCUCCUGUGAGGGGAAACGCAGGCUAGUAGGCUGGCCAAGGAAUAGGGCCUGGGCUCGUGGUCUCAUAGAGCCUGGUCUGUUCUGGAAGAGCACCCAGUUGUUCCUUCUAGGUUGCCCAAGCCCAUUGAUGAUGGGUGAGAGGGAGGAGGACAACGACACUGAAGAAGCUUGGCUGCAGCUGCGGCCCAUGGAACCCUUGCCCUCCCAGUGCUGCGGCAGUGGCUGCUCACCCUGUGUGUUUGACCUCUAUCACCAAGACCUGGCAAGGUGGGAGGCAGCCCGAGCCAGCAAGGACAGGAGCCUGCUGCAUGGGCCAGAGUCACAGAGCUGUCCCUCCAAGCUGAACCCAAAGACCUUCGUGGCCUUCUGCAUCAGUGCCAUGGACAGACUCACUAAAGACACCUACCGUGUCCGGUUUGCUCUACCUGGGAACAGCCAGCUUGGCCUGCAGCCCGGCCAGCACCUCGUCCUACGAGGGAUAGUAGAUGACUUAGAAAUUCAGAGAGCCUAUACGCCUAUCAGCCCUGCCAACGCAGAAGGAUACUUUGAAGUGUUAAUUAAGUGCUACCAGAUGGGGCUGAUGUCUCGGUAUGUUGAGUCCUGGAGAGCAGGAGCCAUAGCUUUCUGGCGAGGACCUUUCGGAGAUUUCUUCUAUAAACCAAACCAGUAUGGUGAGCUCCUGAUGCUGGCUGCAGGCACGGGCCUGGCCCCCAUGGUGCCCAUCCUGCAGAGCAUCACAGACAAUGAGGAUGAUGAGACUUUUGUCACUCUGGUUGGUUGCUUCAAGACCUUUGAGAGCAUCUACUUGAAAACCUUCCUCCAAGAGCAGGCCCGUUUCUGGAACGUCCGUACCUUCUUUGUACUUAGCCAGGAGAGCUCCCCAGAGCAGCUUCCCUGGAGUUACCAAGAGAAGACCCGCUUUGGCCACCUGGGCCAGGACCUGAUUAAAGAGCUGGUCAGCUGCUGUCGGAGAAAGCCAUUCGCACUGGUCUGUGGCUCGGCUGAGUUCACCAAGGACAUAGCCAGGUGCUUACUGUGUGCAGGCCUCACUGAGGACUCCUACUUCCUCUUCUAGCCCUGGCCUGCCUUCCAAAGCCCAGGCCAGGGGCCUGCUACUGGGACCCAGGAAGGAGCACAGACAGAAAUCAGAACACAUGGAGUCCAGGCCUUGUCCUGCUGCUCAUUUGCCAGGUGUCCUUGGGCAAGUGUGUUUACUGCCCCUUGAGAUUAAUAACUCCUCCUGGCCUCCUACUAUGUGGCGGAAAGACAGACUGUAGGCAUCCAGAGGAGGUGAGCAGCCAGCCUGGGAGUCAGGGAGGACUCCUCAGAGGAAGCCAAGUCCAGGCUGAGCCCCAGGAGGAGUAGGAGUUGGGCAGGGGAAGAGUCAGGAGGAGCUUCGCUGGCCCUUCUGAUUAGAGGAUCUCUUGGGGGCUACAGCUGUGGCCUCAGCACCAUCUCAGAUUAGGGGCUCCUGGGUGUGUAGGGAAGGACACAGGAGAGGCCAAGAGCUCUUUGGAGGAGGACCCUACCUUUACUCCAGUGCCAUGAGCCUGACACAAAAAGGUCUUGGGUUCUAUGACUUGACCAUGUCCUGAGAGCAAGAUGGGGCCCUGGACUGUCUUUGUAUUGACCCCAAACCUUUCCUGCUGUGAACAGCUUCAUUCUCACUCCCCUUUCCUGGCUCAAGAACCUCGCCUAGCAAAAGAAGAGGCUCGGGAAGGAAAUGCCCCUCCCUCCUGCAGGCAGCAUCUCAGCCUGUGCCUUCAGCUCGGUGCCCUAGCGACUGUUGCUAUGGAGAUCUAAAGAUAGAGCAGGAGUCAGGAGACCUGGGUCCCUCUCCCAGUUCUGCCCACUGAGUGGCUACUGAUUCCAGUCACCCACACCAGGAGCCCAGUGCCCCUGGGCAACGCACUGCAGCUAAUGAAUUCUGCUUUUCACAGCUUGGGCUCCGGCAUGCUGCACCAGCUCGGGCUGGCUACAGGCAGUCCCAGAAUUGGAAUACUAAGCCAUGGAAUCUUAGAGUUAGACUUCUAUAGUCAUAGAAGUACACUCCUCACCAUAUCAAAGCUGAAAGUUCAGGACUCCAAGGAACAUAGUGUGACUGACUUAUUGUGUACAUGGAGAAACUGAAGCCCAAUGAGGCUAAAUGACUUUCCAAGGGUAAAACAGUCCAUGGCAGAGCCAAAACUACAAGCCUCCUAGUUUCAACCUCAUGUAUGAGUUCUGCACCAGUGGUUUUCAAACUGUGCUCCGAAGAAAAUGAGCGCUCUUUGCAUAGCAGCAGUGAAAGGACAGCUCCAGAUGGAUCCCCAGACCCCUUCAACCAGAGCAGUUCUUUUUUUAUCCUGUUCGUAUAUUGGGCUUGGAGUAACUAUUUGUACAAAAGGAUUUUCCUAUCCCACUAAAAAAAAAUUGCCACAAAUCUCUCUACUGUGUCACAUUUCAUAAAUAAUUAUGAUACA